ACAUCUAUCAAUGGUCCAUUUCUCAGCUCUGCUUGUGGGGCAAAUGUUUCAGUGGUUUAGUCUGAGGAGGCUUUUUGUCUAAGCAGGUCUGUCGGUGGGCAUUAAGCCCUCUGAGGGAUUAUCUGCCUCUAUCAUGCUGAACUGAGCGUAUUUUGACCGGCUGUCUUUCUGCGUUUACGUUUGAUAACCUUCUAAUAAUUUCUGCGCCCCUGCGGAUGAGUCUGCUGGUCCAGGAGCUGCUCCUCUCUCCCACAGCGGGGAAACAAAAAGCGCCCUCCCCCCCCUGAAAACCGUUUUCGUCGUUAUGGAGACCCACUGUGUGUACGGAAAUAGUGAUACUACUCAAGCGAGCAAGUUUGUGAAAAAUUAAUGCAUUUAGUAAGUUCAGGUUGUUCCUUCAAAAAAAAAAACAAAAAAAAACGAAAACGAAACGUCUUGUUCACUCAUCUUGUCGAUUUGCAGGGAGAAAUGUGUGACAUGGCUGCCCCGGCUCCAUCCGGGCCGAGUGUCACAUUUCAGCAUCAUACAGAGUCCUGUGCUCUUGCCUGCCACCAUAACAGUGCAGUGUGGUAGUAAAGACACAGAGACCAAGCAGACCACGGGCCAUCAGUGUCCGGCAGGAAUUCACUGAGGGAGAGAAAAAGGUGGGUGGAGUGAAGUAAAAGAAAAAGAGAGGGAAAAGGAGGAAAUGACGCUUUGCUUGUAUGAGUGUCUGAAAGCGGCUGGGCUGCAGCGUCACUAUGCCAGGUUUACCUCAGUAGGUGUUCAUCGUGCAGCCCACCUUUCAGGGCUGACCAUGGAGGACUAUCCCGUCUUGGGAAUACGCUCUAUGGAGGACAGGACUCGACUCUUUAAUCUGGUCCAAAUGCUCAAAACCGUUGACCUGGAGAGCCUUGAAGAUGAAGAUCAUGAUGAUUAUGAAAGGGAUGGUGUUGUGGUGGAUAGUAGCAUUAAUAAUGAUGUUUGUAGACAUCCUGAUGAAGAUGUUAGUGAUGAUGAGGAUGUGAAGGAUGCUGCUCUGAAUGCAGCCAGUUUUUCCAAACCAUCGUGUGUUCGCAGAAGACUUGAUUUCAGCUGUGAACCUAUCGAUCAUCAUCAGAAGCUGUUUUCUCAUCCAGUAGGCAGUGAAAGUUAUAACAGACACAGUGAGCCAGGCCAAGGACAAGGAUCAGCCAUACCUGUGCAGCAUGACCAUGAUAGUGUGGUGGUAUGUGGCUGCAAAGGGAGCAACAACCACAAGCUGGAGGUCCACGGUCAUCAAUCUAAUCAUCACAUAGGAGCAAACGCCAAACAAGACAUCAUGGAGGAACUUUCCAUUAACGACUCUCACACCAGAUUUUCAACAAGGUUUGCCUUAUCCCACAAACUAAAGCCCAGGCCUGCAACAGUGGCAUCGAGGAAGUUUAGCGACCAACCAGUUGGGCGCAAAGAUAGAAAAGAAAUAUCAAGGAAGGAAAUGAGAACUAACAUCGCUUCUGAACACACGGCCAAGGCAACACCUGUUUAUGAAUCAAAGAGAGCAGCUGGCUACAACUACGGACUACCACUGAGCUCCCCGCUUGCCCCUAACAAAAAGCAACCUGGGGCCCAGCGGAUCAGUGUGUGUGUGAGGAAAAGACCUCUGACAUGCACAGAGCACCGGACAGGAGAGGCGGAUGUUGUGACAACUCUGAGUGGAGAGUGUGUGAUCGUUCAUGAAAGCAAAGAGGCCGUGGAUCUCACAGGAUACAUACUACAGCACAGGUUCUACUUCGACCAGGUAUUUGGUGAGCAAAGCUCCAAUGAGGAAGUGUAUAGAAGAACAGCAUAUCCUCUGGUGCAGCACAUGCUCAAUGGAGGCAAGGCGACCUGCUUUGCAUACGGCCAGACAGGUGCUGGGAAGACUCACACCAUGUUGGGAUCAUCACCUGGGAGACCGGGGUUGUAUGCACUGGCUGUCCGGGACAUUUUUGCUCACCUCUCCACCCCACACACGCGCUCACCCUUGCUGGUGUAUGUCAGUUUCUUUGAAAUCUACUGCGGUCAGCUGUACGACCUGUUGGACCACAGAAAAAGGUUAUUCGCCAGGGAAGAUGGACAGAAGGUGGUUCACAUUGCUGGGCUGCGUGAUGUCAGAGUGGACUCAGUCAGCUCACUGCUGGAGGUGAUCUCACAGGGAACAGAGGAGCGCACACAGGGGGUGAGUGGAGUAAAUCCACUCUCCUCUCGUUCCCAUGCCUUGCUUCAGAUUCAGCUAAGAAGUCUAAACCAGCAGGUAGCUGGUAGCAGAAUGUGGUUUGUGGACCUGGCAGGAAGUGAGAGAGCAUCAGAUACCAAAGAACCUGAUCGGCAGAGUCGUAUGGAAGGAGCAGAGAUCAAUCAGAGUCUGCUGGCGCUUAAAGAAUGCAUCCGGUCUCUUGAUCAAGAGCAGUCGCACACACCUUUCAGACAGAGCAAACUUACUCAGGUUUUGAAGGACUCAUUCAUUGGGGACUCAAUGACAUGCAUGAUUGCCAACAUUUCACCUGGUCACUUAGCAACUGAACACACACUUAAUACACUGAGAUACGCAGACCGGGUGAAGGAGUUGAGGGGACAGGGAGGACUAAGAGGAGGAAGGAGAGGCAAGACAAUACCAUCUCCAAAACGUAACCUGUCCAACAGCAACAGCGGCAGCGGAGCAAGCAGUACUGGCACUCGAGGAAAAAGUCCCCCCAAAAAGCCAAAGUUAGGGAGGCAAAGAGAGGUGUUUGGGCCCUCCACACCUACCUCAAGGGUGGCCACAGGAGGCUCAAUCCUCUGCUCCACACCAAAGAACAGCAGAUGGGGAGAAGAAACAAGUGCAAGAGGAGGAAAGGAGAUUGGACUUGAACAAAUUACACCAAUCAGGGGUAUGCUGGGAACAGCUGAGACAAGGGAGAAAAGGGAGAAAGCAUGUGGGAGGGUAGGUAGAAGAGAAACAUAUGGAGGACCUGACAGUGCAGGUCAUGCAAAUGGUGACCAAAACAUCAGGGCAGGGCUGGUCCUGGGACAAGCAACUGAUGAGCAGCUCCACUUGUGGGAGCCACAGUGGGAAUCUGUGUUGUACCGCAGAGGAAAAGCGAACCAGCCAAGCACUUUGCAAGGAGGGAGAGAAGGAGAAAGAAGAUCAAUAGAACGGAGAACACAAGUGGAAAGCAGUAGAGAUACAUAUAGUGAAGUAGAGAGGCAAAGGGAAAGAGAUUUACAAAAGGAUGACAGAAGGGAGAAGGAGAGAGAGAGGCAUUUGAGACAGUAUCACCAGCAGCUGCAGCAGUUUAUGCCCUCAUCUGCUUCAUCCUCUUUCUCUUCCUCAAACCAGGCCUCUCUCUCUUCCUUUGUCUCCCCAUCAUCCUGUUCUCCACUCCGACACUCUUCCCACACUUCAGUUUCUGCCCUUAUGUCAGAAGAGGCUUUAGAUUUACGCAGAACCAGGGUGGAGGUUAAGAACGAUGGUAACAGAGAACAGAAGUUACUUUCCUCCCCCAGGGCGGAGAUUUGCUCACAAACCAAGACCUCUCCAAGCUACAAUAACAAUAAGGGUGAGGUGGGUCAUGGUGACUUGAGCGAAGUUUGGAGGGUAUCUUUGGAAGGAACAGGAUCAGGCUUUGGGCAAGAAAGAGGUAAAAGAGAGAAAAGGAGGUCACUGAAGACAACAGGUGAAGGAGUGGUCAGAGACAGAAGGCCAGCUGGGGUGGGAGGAGGAGGAGAGAGGAGGUGGGUGUGGGUGGUAACAACAGAGACAGAGCAGACGGGCAGGAGGACAGGUGCAACGACAGCUGAUUUAGAGGCACUAAGGUCGUGCAAUUGUGAUUCAGAAGUGGGCGAGGAAGGACUAGAUGCCUCAAAUGUCUCAGCCGAUGGAGUUUGGAGUACUGAGGAGCGAGAACAAGCUGAUAGCUACAGUUUGGUGUCCACCCACAGCCGCAAUGGCAGCAACAGCCUCUUUAACCACCCCUCUGUUGAUUCCCCCCAUCGAAGAGCUCCAGCAGAACGACCCCUCUCCCCAGCCUGUGAUCAUACCAACACACACUUGACCCCUGAUAAACUCUGCGAUCUCUCCCUUGAGUUAAAACACACCAGAUGCACCUCAAACGCCCUGCCUCUACCGUGGCAAAAUGCCCAACAGGGAGUGCCCUCAAGCAGCUGUAGACAGACAGAACCAUUGUUUGCUGCUAAUGCCAACAGAAGAGAGCUUUCGAAUGCUCAGUCAACCGAGCUACCUCUCACCGCCCCCACAGCACAGAGUGGAUGUCAAUUAACGUAUGAUCCUCUGAAUGUAAUUCCUGAAAUUCCAGCUCACACUCAGGUACACAACCAUGUGGAGGCCAAAGCCAAAACAUCUCUAUCAGCUCAAGGAGGGACUUCUACAGAUUCUCUCAGCUACACCAACGACCCCCUCAGCAUGUCCUUGCUUCAAGUGGACCAACAGGUCGCCACGGCCUCGUUCCUCCAAGCGGAACAGGUUGACACCCGUUCGCUUGAGAUCGAAAGGGGGAAAAAUAAAGGAAAGGAAGAAGAGUGCCUCACAUGUGCGAAGAUAGCAGGGAAAGUUGUCGAGGACAUAGAAUUUCACCUGUCUUUUUUGGAGCUGCCUCGUGCAAACACCCACUGCCCUCCCGCCCCUGACACUGUGACAGCUGCUAAUCACUCUGAGCAAAGAAAAGACGUGUGCUUUGCCACAUACAAACACUGUGGAAUAGGUAUGAUGAAACCUCCUAUCUCUGGGGUUAUGUUGGGCUCUCUCUUAGACCAAGAGUACAGUCAGAAACCACAAAUCACACCAGCUACUGAUGUCCUGAACAACAAAGACCCUGCAACCCACCUUAAAUCCUCUUCAUGUGUUUCUGUGGAAACUCCUCUCAUGCAGUCCAUCUCUUCCCCGGUCCAGCACUCACAAAAUCCAGUGACAAAUGGUGCCACGCAAAUGCCACCAGAGUCUGCACACGAAGUGCACAACAAACUCGCUUUUCCCAUUUCAACACCACAGUCACUCCAACCAAAUGUUCCUACAGAAUCAAACAGUGAAAAGAAAACCAGCAAUCUGCAAAUUAGACCCGUCGUUCAUCUGUCUACCUUGGAAGACGUGUAUCACACCCAGUGGCAUGUUGUCCAGGCUCACUGGGAGCAGCUAGAAGAGAUGGAAACUUUAUGUCGUAAGGAUGGAAGGCUUCUGGGCCAGCAGCCUGAUAUGGCAUUUGGGGAGUAUGUCCACAAGCUGAGGGAGAUCAUGGAGAGAAAGGCUCGGUGUGUCCACAGCAUGAUAGCUCAGCUGCAGCCAUACCUAAAGACCAAUUAUUCUAACCAACCACACAACCAAGGAGAGGAUAAAGAUGAUCAAAUAACUUCAAUAAACUAAAAAAAAAACAACUUUAUAAAUCACUGAUAUUGGCAUUUUUAAGAGUAGCCUGUACACUGAUGAAAUGUCAAAAUGUCAGAAGCCAUGGAUGGUUUAGGAGUGCACUAACGACAAGACCUGUUUUCCAGUAGAAACAAAUAUAUGUGUGUAUGUAUCACAAUCAGAAGAGUAUAUCCAUUUAUGUGUGUCUGCAUUCAUCAGAUUGAAGUGCGUGUGUGUGCGUGUUGUGCAUGCAGACAUUUAACUUCUUGGCCCUCAUUCCUCCUUCUGAUUCAGAUGCAAAUAAUAUGCUAUGAAAUUCACACUUAUUUAUUUAAUUGAACCAUAUUUUGCUUGAUUCUUCUUAUGAUGGAGAUGUUCACCGGUAUUUAGAAAUGAAGCUUUAUUAACUGUAGUACUGUAUACUGUGUCUUUUAAUUUAAAUAAUCCUGCAGGGUUGCAUUUUUGCAAGACCUGUUUUGGCCCAAACCUGGGAGGUUAUCCUUUUUUUCCCCCUCAGCUUUGGUCUUUCUAUUUUUAUUUCUUGGUCUACUACAAAUCCACACAUUAUCAUUUUGGGACAUGACUUUCAUAUGGGAUUGAUCUUGGCUUUCAGUUUCCCUUAUUUUUAAUGUGUGCUUUAUCUGCACCACCACCACACUGUCUGCACAAAGACCAGUACCAGCCUGAUUCCAGUGACUAAAACUCUGACUCUGGAAUAAUGAUACACACUGAACCAAGGAUACACUGAUUCCAACGUGUUGUUUACUGACUUGUUUACUUGGCUUGAGACAAUUUUUGAAUGCUACAUUUUUCUUUAUUUAUUAGCAAAUAUUGCACUUUUUUGUGUCUUCUGAAAAAGCAUUGUGAUACCUCCUUUUUCAUCUGAGUCACUGAAGCCACUUGGUUUUUGUAACAUUUUUAAGGGUUUAAGAUUGAAUUAAAUUUACUUGAUGAUCAGA